UCUCAAGAGAAACUGUAUUCAAGGGGCGAUUUUUAAAGUUCUCAAUAUUAGAAGAUUUAUACAAAUUAAAAAAUAAAUGGAAUAAUUUGUCGAUAUAUAUAUUUUUCAUAUUAUCCGAAACUAGUACAAAAAUGGACGACCAAGCGUGCCCCCGUUGUAAAACAACAAAGUACAGAAAUCCCUCACUCAAGUUGAUGGUAAAUGUAUGCGGCCACGCUUUAUGCGAAAGUUGUGUGGAUUUAUUAUUUUUAAAAGGUUCUGGUUCUUGCCCUGACUGUAAUGUUCCCCUUCGUCGAAGUAAUUUUCGAGUGCAGCUAUUCGAGGACUCUAUGGUUGAAAAGGAAAUAGACAUAAGAAAGAGAGUUCUUAAGGAUUACAAUAAAAAAGAGGAAGACUUUGCUACUUUAAGGGAAUACAAUGAUUAUUUAGAAGAAAUAGAAACAAUUGUAUACAAUUUAUGUAACAAUAUAGAUGUAGUAGGUACUAAUAAAAGGAUAGAACAGUACAAGAAAGAUAAUAAAGAAUUAAUUAUGAAGAAUAAAGUGAAAAUAGGUAGAGAAGAGAUAGAAUUAGAGGAGAUUUUAGAGACAGAGAAGCAGAUGGAAGAGUUACGGAGAGCAGAAAUAUCUAGACUAGAACAGGAAGCUAAAAAGCAGAAGAUCAGAGAAAAGGAAGCACUUAUUGAUGAAUUAAUGUUUGCGGAGGGUGAUGCUAAAGAGAUAUUAAAUACAUUUGCUCAGAAUAUUGCUAAAAAGGAAGAGAUUGAUGUAGUUCCAAUAAUUCCCAAGGUGACUCAAUUUUCAACGGGAGUUAAAUUCUCGAGAGGUUCGGGAAGUCAACAGGGUGUUCCAAUAUUAGAAGAAGGGCCUUUAUACAAAUAUGAAGCACCCGUAAUACCAGACAGAUGUGGUCCUGACCCACCUUCUAUACAGAAUAUAAUCUCUAAAGGGUAUCUGCAACAUGUGAGAGCAGAGAAUGAAACAGAGAAAGCGGGUGGGUACACCUCUACAUUACCUUGUCUGCGCGCUCUACAGGAUGCUAUGGCUGGUCUGUAUCAUGCAAGCUGACAUGAGAAUGGUGAAGAACCUGUUAUUGUAUUGGAGUAGAAUGUAUACAGGAUGUCCAGAUACUUAGAUACCAUAUACCAGAUACUAAGUGAUUAGAGAAAAUGUAUUGUUGAACACGCUGUAUA